UCUCAUUUGAAGUUUUUGAUUGUUUUCCCGCGUUAGAUAAUGUUGCUUUCUUUGAUUUAGAUUCUUUUUAGAUAAUUACAAGGUUAAAUGAUAUUCAUUUUCGUUUCUAAUACAUCAUUUUGAAAAAAUGCAGGCAUUCUUAAAGACGGGUAAAAUCACCGCUUCUGAUAAAGCAAGCACUUCAAGUACAAAAACCACUAAGAAGAAACCUCCCGCACCAUGGGUUGAAAAAUACCGACCGAAAACUAUAGACGAUAUAGUGGAUCAGGGAGAGGUUGUACAGGUUUUGAGGGAAUGCUUAUCUGGCAGCGAUUUGCCUCACCUUUUAUUUUAUGGACCUCCCGGAACAGGAAAAACCAGUGCGAUAUUAGCUGCAGCUCGUCAGCUCUUUGGAGAUAUUACUCGGGAUCGUGUUUUAGAAUUAAAUGCUUCUGAUGAACGCGGCAUUCAAGUUAUCAGGGAUAAAGUGAAAUCUUUCGCUCAAUUAACUGUUAGCAACACCAAACCAGAUGGUAGACCAUGUCCAGCGUAUAAACUAGUGAUCCUCGAUGAAGCAGACUCUAUGACAAAUGCGGCACAAGCAGCACUCCGUCGGACAAUGGAGAGAGAGACUCGCACAACCCGGUUCUGCCUAAUUUGCAACUAUGUGUCGAGAAUUAUACCACCUAUAACUAGUAGAUGCUCUAAGUUCAGGUUUAAACCGUUGGCCAGAGAAAAUGUUAUAAAAAGAUUGCGUGAAAUAUGUGAGUCGGAAGGUGUUGAUGUUGGUGAGGGUGAGGUGUUACACCAGGCCGUGGAUACUUGUGAUGGAGACCUUCGCCGUGCGCUUACAGCGUUGCAAUGCUGUCAACGAUUGCUCGGCAAGAUUACUGCAGAAGGACUUAUUGAGGUGACAGGACUGGUUCCAGAUAAAUUAGUCAAUGAAUAUCUGAGUAUCAAGAACUAUAGUGAAUUGGAGCAAUUUGUUGAAAAGUUUCUAAUGGAUGCAUAUUCCGCAUCUCAGUUGUUAGAGCAGUUGAGUGCGACGGUGGUGAACAGCGGCCAUUUGACGAACAAACAAAAAUGCUGCAUAAGCGAGAAGCUAGCUGUUUGCUCCCAUAGGCUCCUAGAUGGCGGGGCUGAAGUCAUGCAACUCACCGACUUGGGCUGUACAAUAAUCAUGGCCAAUAAUAACCCCUAAAUCUCACCCCUUUUCAAUUUUCUAAGUAUAAAUGUAUGAGUCAAAGCGGUUGAAAUUGUUUUGCUUGUCAGGUUCUUAUUCUUUUCGUUUUCUAAGAACCGUGCUAUUGUUUCGGUAAUAUAACGAUUUGUUGCGA